CAAAAAACCUGGCAACUCACUAGCUGCUCGAUCCCCCCCUAGCGACACCUGUAGGGUAUUAUCGUGGCUCUUAACCUUGUCUUCCCCUCCCUCUAUCUCUCUUCUCUCUUCCUUACCAUGCCCGCUCUCCGCACACGCGAUGCCCCAUCCCGAUCACUCGAAGUGACGACGGACGCCCCUCCCCCUCUCCCCACGCUCGCCAUAAUCUCGCCGACCCCCCGCGCCUUCACGUUCCCUACGACCCACAACCUGACUGACAGUCCUUACUCCUCGCCCUCUCACUCGCCUUUCGAACUCUCCAACAUCCCCAUCACGACGACCACCACCCCGCCAUGCACGUACCGCACCCUCUCCCCCGCCACGACCACCGCCUCGUCCCCCAGCCCCAAAGAACGCCGCCCCAAAAAGGGCGACGACGACUACAUCAAACGGCCCGAGAACGCGUUCAUCCUCUUCCGCCGGAAAUGCUGCGAAGACCGUGUGGAUAGUGGUGGUGCUGGUGGCACGACGACGACAACGACGAAGAAACAGCGCCAGGCAGACCUCUCCAAGAUGAUCUCCCAGCAAUGGAAGGGUCUCAGCGCGGAGGAGAGGCAGUACUGGGAGCAGCUCGCCAAGGAGAAGAAGAAGGAGCACGAGCAGAUGUACCCCAACUACGUCUACCGGCCACAGCGGACCAAGAAGGGUAGCGCUGGUGGUGGUGGUGGCGGGGGGAAGAAGCAGGGCAGGCGGGAGAGCAUCGAUUCGGACUCGUCGUACAUGUCCUUCGUGCUCCCGAUGAGGCAGCAGCACCAGCACGGGCGGUCCUCAUCCGCGCCGACCCCGAGCCCGUACCAGUCCAUCCAGAUACCCAACGUGUACCUCUCCGCACCCUCAUCACCUGCCCCGUCGCUCCUCCCCAUGAUCAGCGCGAGCAGGCGCAACUCGGACUCGCUCGGGUUCGAUUUCCAGUCGACGUACUACGAUCCUGCUGCUGUUCUCCAGUCCCCAGAGUAUGGAGGAGUAGGAGGGUUGUUGAACCCAAACGAACUGCUCCCACCCGCGCAGAUCAACUCGCCGCCAUCCUCCAUCUGCUCGUCGCCCCGCUCCGGCCCGUUCACGCCCUUUGCCGCGCCCUCGCUUGAACAGGCCGAGCUCGACCUCUCCAUGCACCUCUUCGGGAACACCAACACCUCGUGGUGGGCGCCCCAAGACGCCUCGUCGUUCACGGCCGACGACUUUGACAUGAACGCCAUCCCGCCGAUAGAGCUCGGCCUUCCAAAGUUCCAUGGGGUCGUCGAUGACUAUCCCGGUGUGUACGCGUUUGAUUUUGACGGUGGUAAUAGUGGUGAUGGUGGUGGUGGUGGUGUUGUAGACGGUCACGGGUUCGGACUUUGA